UGACAGAAGUUGACUCGCGUUAGUUCUGCGUCGAAGAAGGUGACGCCGGCGUCAUCCUGCGACGACGAAAGUCCUCUACGUCGUCGCGCAAGCCUGCCUCGUCUCUUUUUUUUUUUUUUUUUUUUCUCGUCCCCCGCCAUUAAGAUACGUUCGCGUACGCGUUCCUGUCGUCGCCUACGGACGAUCGCCCGGACGACGAAACGGCCGAGGGUCCGUCCUCUGCACACCUCCGCAGUCCUCCUUAGCGAAAGAGGACCGUUAUGUCGACGCGCGCCUGUAGGCCGCCACAGUAUUCCGGUCGAUACGAAGGGAUCGGACGACGUCCAUCUCAUCCGUGGCGCUGACUUCCGACAAGAGGCAGCUCUUGGCGACGCGACGUUCUCGAUGUCCCGAAGCGACGCUGCUCGUCGCGACGUCGCGUCUCGCAGGACGAUUCUCUGAGGGACGGCGUGCUCCUUGAUCAACUCCGUGAAAGUCAGCAUUGCAGAAUGGUGGUGGAUUACUGCUUGUCGAUUCAAGCCUCGGCAACUGCAGUAAGAAAGCAGGAGCGAAGGUUAGGUGGUACAGUGGGUGCAAAGAUGCAACCCAACAGUGGUGGAGGAUGUGGAAUGACACCUAAGGAGCUUUCUGACAAUGACGACUUAGCCACAUCUCUUGUGUUAGAUCCUUAUUUAGGAUUUACCACACAUAAAAUGAAUAUUAGGUAUAGACCAUUAAAAGCAAAUAAAGAUGAACUCCGAAAAAUUAUCUGUGAAUUUAUACAAACUCAAAAUUAUGAAAAAACAUAUAAAAAAUUAAUGGGCGGAGAUUGGGGUGCACGGCUUCCCCACACAAAAUCUAAGCAACAACAAAUCAAUUUGGAAAACCAUAUCAAACGAUAUUUACGUGUUUUUGACAAAGAUUCUGGAUUUGCAAUAGAACCAUGCUACAGAUAUACCAUGGAAGGACAACAGGGUGCAAAAAUAUGUGCAACCCGAAAAUGGCUAAAACAUGACAAAAUUUCCUGUCUUGUCGGUUGCAUUGCAGAGCUUAGCGAUAAGGAGGAAGCUGCCUUGCUACAUCCUGGAAAAAACGAUUUCUCUGUAAUGUUUAGUUGUCGAAAGAACUGUGCCCAGUUAUGGUUGGGUCCUGCUGCAUAUAUAAAUCAUGACUGUAGAGCAAACUGCAAGUUUGUGGCAACGGGAAGAGACACGGCGUGCGUCAAGGUAUUACGCGACAUCGAGGUGGGCGAAGAAAUCACGUGUUUCUACGGAGAGGAUUUCUUCGGUGAUGGGAACUGUUACUGUGAAUGCGAGACUUGCGAGAGGCGAGGAACCGGCGCGUUUGCGAGUCAGAAACCGGGAGAAGAACUGUCAUCUGGUUAUCGUCUGAGGGAAACAGAUAAUCGAAUCAAUCGAACUAAACACCGACAGCAGCCAGUGAGCAGGAACAAGCAGCAAGCCGAUACCGCUCUGACCGAGCGAAACGCGGUUCUGGUUGGGAACGCGGCAGUCGCGCCACAGUCUCUCAGCAUGAAAGAACUGCGACGUAAAGGUCUCACGAAGUACGACGCCGAAUUACUAAUUGCGCAAGGGUGCCGUUUCUCGGAUAUUAAUCAGCAACAGCCAACGAUUAACAAUGGCGAGAACGUGCUGCAGGCCCGACCGCAUUCUGCUGCGAUCACCACUUCCGUUACGAGAAACUUACGGAAGAAACAGAUGUGCAAAUUUGACGGCAACACCGGCGAAAGCGGCACCAUUAAAAAUACUCAAUCACUCAGAUCGUCUAGGCUCCACAAGAGAACAGAAUCGAAGAAAGGAAAAAUCGGUGUGAAGUCAGCAUUGCCUUGUCCGAAGGAUACGGAAGUAGCAGAUAUUGGUCAUCGGAAGGAGGAUUCCGACAGACUAUCGGUACACGAGGAGAAUCUGUUCUCGCGACUCCAGAAGCAUCAUUCGUCGAACACGUCGGAGAUGCGCCACGAUUUUUGCUUGGAUGAAUUACGACGGCAAAUCUCGACCGAAUCCUCGACCGAAAGCGAUUGUCCGCUGCGAUUGACAGAGAUGGAUGACGCCAGCGAGUUCAAUGGCGCUGGUGAGCCGGCAGACGAAGAGGAACGAGAAAUACCGGAUAUCACCGCGGAGAUCGAUUCUAAGGCAGUAGAUAACGUUAAUUCUUCCAGUUACAAAAAGAGACAUUAUAGUACAAACGUCUGUGAUUCAAUCCAAUUAAGUUCCAAGUCUCAAAUCCAUGUACAACAACAACGCUUACAUACUGCAGAAUUGAUUUCCGAUGGUAAUACAUGUCGAUCUAGAGAUUAUCGUGAUUCUUCGUCACCCGUGCGAGAUGUCGAGAACGAUUCUUGCGCAGCGAUUGAACGGGCGAUUUGUGUCAAGAAACGAUCCAAGUCGCACAACAAACGACUCUUAUCGUUAGACGAACGAGACGAUCGUAAGACACCGAACGAAGAAUCGUCUUGUGAUUUCGACGACGAUUCAUUGCUUGUAGCUGGAGAUAAGAGAAUUUUGCGACACGCAGAUUUCCGGGAGAGCAACAUCUCGCACGACGGAGCCCGUUCUCGUUUGGAAAACGAAAACUGCGACGUAAACCCCGCGAAAAUUCUUGAAUGCAGUGUACUGAUACAGAAGUACACUAUGGAAAAAGACGUGGAGAGCGAAAGCUGCGCGAGUCCAAUCGUUCCCGCAAUGGCGGCAAGCCGUUCGGAAAGUGCCGAGGUCUGUCGAUUAAAUUCCCAGGAAGUUGUAGAAACGAAAGUCAGUAUUGAGGAUGUUAUAAAGUGUCGUAGUAGCAAAAUUUCGAGCCAGGAAGAGGAGAACGUUGUUGAAAAAAGUGAUGCGUACGUUGAUGCGAAGAUUGAAACCGACAAAUAUGAAGAAUCGGCGUUACGCGCGACAGAAACAGACUCCGGAGUAGAUAUUAUCGAAGAAAGUAGCACAACGGACUUUAAUAACAUACAGACUGUGAAUUACGAUAGCGAUUUAACAGGUCAUAUGAGAGAACAGAGUCCUGUUCUCACAUUGAUGAGGAGAGCUAGAUCGUCUCGUAAGUCGCAGAAAAAGCUAUCGAGCGGCAAAUCCAAGUCCAAGUUUAGGUUGUUGACAGGAAGUGUUCAAGACAAAAUCGCAGAGACAAAGAAUCAUCGUAAAUCGAACAAGAGCAAGAACAAAUCGACCAGAAGCCAGAGGAGGGAUCGACGGAGAUCGACAACGACCGAGAUCGGCGAGGCCGACGAUGAUUCGGGUAUUCAGGGUGAUAUCUAUGAAUUUAGCGAAAAGGAGAGCAUGUUGGAGGACGUUGGCAUAUUGUCUAUACGUGGCAAGCAUGAAUCACGCCACGUAUCGCCUAUACAGGAUAUACAGUGUAACGACGAGUACAAUAAAACUGAGCCACCGGUGUUGGUUCCAGAAGAGCCGUGGCCUCCGUCCGAUGCGGCGGCUCAAAGCAAACAUAUCGCGGAUUCCAAUAGCAGUGCCCAAUGGGAAGAAAACUGUGAUGUUGAAAAGAGUUUGCAAAGAUUAACAGCCUAUGAAAGCAGCAGUAGCACACGUAAAUCAAAUGUGACUUCAUCCGAGUGCCAAUGGCAGAUGAACAAUUCAAGCAACUGUCGAGUUUGUCCCGUUACACCAGAAAAGACCGGAUCGCUGAAGCUGACCUUGCGCAUGAAGCGAUCGCUGGUGAUGGAAGACGUUACCGAGUCUGGCACUAGCGAGGACAGCAUUGAACCGGAGUACGAGGUGUUGCGUGUCGAAGGAUUGGAUUGUAAACGACGGAAGAAGCACAAGAGCAAAGAUCGCGAGAGACGGCACAAGAAAUCGCGCGAGCUUACUUUCGAACCGCCACCACCGCCACCACCACCCAUGAAGAGAUUACGCUUGAUUUUGGGCAACGAGACACGCACUAUCGAUCUACCGCACUCUUAACAGCUAUAAUUCCUCCUUCUCUCGUUCUCCUUAGCCACAUCCGCGUCAUUACGUAAUAUCAAUUUCAUUGCGACAGACUAUAUCUUUCUUGAAUAUACAAUAAUAAAAAGAACAAAAAUAAGGAAAGAUCACUUAAGAAAUUUUAGGCCUCCUCGUCCUACGGCACGUGAAAGCAAUUUCGUGUCAAGGUUUUGAGAUACUUUUCGCGAUUAAACCUCAGUUAGAAGCACGAUAGUGACCGCUUAUAUCAUAUUGAUUCUAGAGAGCUCACUACGGACUUGUUUAUUUUUCAAUAGAGGCAGAUCUUUGACUGCACGACAAGGAGAAAGCGUCAGCGACUUUAGACAAAAGAGACGCGAGGAAGGAAUAAAUUGCCUCGGGCAGCUCGUAAACUAAACAACGCUUGAGCUCCUCGACGAAAUAUGAAAGGAAUGACUCAUUGCGGUAUAAGUGGCCAUUACUGUAACACUAGCAUUUUUUCUCUUUCUCUCUUAAUCUGUCUUUUUAUCCCUUUCGCUCUUGUAUAGUUCCUGUUAUUUAAAUCGUCUAGUAAUCAGAGUAAUGUAUAUCUUAUUCUAUAACAACGAAUCUCUAAGGGCCUAUUUAAGAAAUGUAAACGGAAGAUGUGUGAGAAAAAAAUUUUUUAAUCGCACACAUAUUUUUCUCGCAUAGAGUUAAAUAUUGCGUGCGUAAAUUUAAUCAGGAAAUAAUAUGUGAACUCAGAUAUCGUAAAGUUCUACGAAGAUUAUUUGUGACCGCCCAAGUAUAUAUACUUAAAAAACCACAAUUCUAAUUCACAAUUUACAAUUAGUCAGAAAUUAAACAUUCGAGCAAGAUACAAACAUGUUAUUUUUUGAAGUUUGCUAUCUCGGACAAAAAAGGAGAAGAUUGAUAAUACAAUAUCGUGUUAAACUCUUCAAAUAGCCUUUCUCCUUUUUCUUUCUGCAUACUUUUUUUUUUAAGAAGAUUAAUCUAACUUCCUGGCAAAACUAUAUUUGACAAAUUAAUUUAGUAGUUUGUGUUUUUUUUUUUUUUUUUUUUUAUAAAUUUCACAUUCGAAUCUUUUCGAAUGUUCAUUAUUAUACUUGCUGCGUUCCGUCUGUAAGAUACAUUAAAACGGAGAAGGACGAAGGAGGAAGAUCCUAAUCCUUAUACAUAUAUAUAUAUAUAUAUAUAUAUUAUGUAUAAUAAUUAUCUAAUUAAAUAAUCGAAUUGAAAUUAUUAGCAUUAUAUUGUAAUCGUUAUUCUCGAAUGAAAGGUCAGAAAUAUCGUGAACAGAACUUCUUGUAAAU